GGGAAAUCCGCAAAGCAGCAGCGCUGAGGGAGCAGCGCGCUUAGAAGGCGGGUAUGUGAUGUCAAGUCAGUAGGCUGUCCUCUGUAGCCUCCCACACACUAUUAUAACGUCAUGUGCCAGUAUGAAUAUUAACACAGACAUGCAUACAUCAGUGCUCUGCAACCAAAGAAGAGAAAAAGAAAGAGUAUGUUUGGAGAACAAAUGACUGGGAAACAUUGUCUGGUUAACUUCUGUUGAGAACAAACCAUCUCAUUUCUUCUGAUGAACAGCUGAGCAGAUUCAGGCUCUUUCAGAGAUCUUUUAAAUCUUUUUUUUUUUACACUUCCUUUUUACCUUGGAUUUCAGGCUCUGAGCUGCACCAGCCACAAGCACUGGACAGCAAUAUGUGUCAUGUCAUUGUCACUUGCCGCUCAAUGCUGUGGACACUCCUGAGUAUUGUUGUGGCUUUCGCAGAGCUCAUAGCCUUCAUGAGUGCUGAUUGGUUGAUUGGCAAGGCAAAACUUGGCAGCUCUCACAGCAGAGACAAUGGCACAGGAGGAUCACUGGAACCGUAUCGUCCAACCUUGGGGAUCUAUGAACGUUGCACCAGAAUCCAGCAUGUGCCGUAUUCCAGACGAGACACACAGUGUGGCCCCUAUGCGGAGAACUUCAGCGAGAUUGCCAGUGGCUUCUGGCAGGCUACUGCUAUUUUCCUAGCCGUGGGAAUCUUGAUACUUUGUGCUGUCGCAUUAGUAUCUGUCUUCACCAUGUGUGUACAGAGCGUUAUGAAGAAAAGUAUUUUUAAUGUCUGUGGGCUACUACAAGGGAUUGCAGGUCUCUUCCUUAUCCUGGGCUUGAUCUUGUACCCUGCUGGCUGGGGUUGCCAGAAGGCAAUAAGCUAUUGUGGACCUUAUGCUUCUGCUUAUAAACUUGGUGAAUGUUCCUUGGGUUGGGCUUUCUACACUGCUAUAGGUGGCACCAUCCUGACCUUCAUCUGCGCUGUUUUCUCUGCCCAAGCUGAAAUUGCCACCUCCAGCGACAAAGUACAAGAGGAAAUUGAAGAGGGAAAAAACCUUAUUUGUCUUCUUUAAUGACCCAAGAAAACCCUCAAUGUCUUGAGAGUAUUGGUUUCAAGUGGCUUAGCAUAUAGACUCCUCUGAGUGACGGAGACACAAGCUUCCUGAAGACCUGGCACUAUGUUGCCACUUGAUGGUCACAAAGGAGACUAUGGGCAGAACAAGAAGAAAACGAUGCCACAGGAAUUCUGGCACCUGGCUGCACUGGGCAGGAUGCUGAGAAACUCACGUUGGCUUCACAUUUAUACAAAAAGUGCCUGACAGUUGCAGAAACAAUCCAUUCUUUUUGACAUUCAGCUCCACGAAGGAAUCCUCAGAAGGAUUUGUUUAAAAAUGUCAGCAUUUUCAAGUAUCUACAGAACAAAAUGCCCUAAACCAGGUUUCAGU